UUGAAUCUAUGCCACCUAUUUCUAACAUGGAUAUAGUAAGCUACUUGGUUCUCACUCAUAGCUAUUACAGCAGAGAGCAGAUGAAAGCUUACAAAAGUCUUCAGGCCUACAAAUAUUUCGCUGCAGGCUUUGUGGAUAAAGUUGGCAUCAAACCAAUUAACGAUUAUGUGCUGUUAGUUGGCAAAGUUCAACACUCCAUGAAGGCCAGAGAACCAAAGCUAAGAGUUUGGGUUAUAGCAGAGAGACAUGGUGGGAUUUGCACUGCACAUUGUAGUGCAUGGCAGGGCUUGGGGAGGUUUGCAGUCACAUUGCAGCUGUAUUGUAUGCCACCGAAUAUGCUGCUAGCCUUAAUCAGACAAUGACUUGCACAGACAAGAAAUCAACUUGGCCAGUACCAUCACAACGCGGUGUGGAUCCAACACCAGU